AUGAACUUCCAUGACGUCUGGAUGCAAGAGCAGGCGGACGAUCUGGCGCAGCUCUACCACGCCGUCGAGGACGAGCGCCUCAUGGCCGAGUGGAAGAGGCGCUUCCCAGAGGACGUCCAGGAGAUGCGCGCCUUCUACGUCGAGCACAAGCCAGUGCGGAAGGCGAGCCGCGUCGCGAGGAGGAAGGAUAAAGCAGAUCUCCGCGCCUUCAUCCUGGCGCAGGAGGCCGGCCCUCAGACGAUCGGCGACAAUGACGACAUGUGGCAGGACAUGUUCUCCUCCACGCCGGUGUCCGACACCACUGUGUCUGCAGGAUCGGACUGGAGCGACUAG